CUAUGUGAGAAUGUACAGCCCCAGCGUAUUCGAGUGUCAAUGUACAGCAGGAUUCGUCUUGCUGCAAAUAAGACUUUCUCCACCACCAGCGUAUCACACGCGCCUCCACGGACACGUCAUCCUUAUCUCAUCAUAAUAGCUUGGAGGAGAUACUGAGAAAGAACGGUCCACGACUCAGCGUCCCUUCCCUGCUCCAGCAACGAGUCGACUCGGGCCACGCCGUCACGUUACCUGAGCUCCGGUUCAUCACCAACCGCCUCAUUAAAUCUAACCGCCACGAUCUCGCACUCCAGGUUCGAAAGUGUAAUGACCCCAACCCCAAGGUAUCUCCAAAGGCCAACUUGUUUUUUUUUAAAAGGAAGAAAGAAAGAGAGAGAGAGAAAGAGAGAAGAGGAAGGGAGAAAGCUUACCUGAGUUGCCACCGGAGCCACCGCACCUCGAGACCACGUUGAGCUCGUCACCACCGUUCGCUGCAGCUUAGAAUCGCCGGAAACCGCCAUGCAGUUAAGCUUAGUUUCGUCCGUUUAUUAAUUCGCCGAUAACUCUCUAACCGUUGCGAAUCUGGUGCAUUCAAGACCACCAUCGUGUUCCUCUCGUCGAGACGAAGCCGUAGACACCAACCACGCCUCAAUCGGAGCCCGGACGAAUCCUCACGCGCCUCCGGAAGUUUCGCCUCUGCGCGCGUAAAGUACACGCGCCGCCGCCGGAAAACGUCGCCACCGCCAGACCACCGUCCCCCACCGCCGGAAUACCGCCGUCGCCGCCAACAACCGCCGCCGGAAUACCGCCGUCGCCGCCGGUGACCGACACCGGUGACUCGCCGGCGACUCGGUCAACUCGGUCGAGUCAACUCAGUGAGUCAACUCGGUUGACUCGGUUAACCGAUCGGUUAGCCGGUUUAAAUUGAUUUCGGUUCGGUUAGGGUAAACCGGUCGGUUUAGUCAAAUCGAUUUCUGGUCAAAGCUUGACCGGGUUGACUUUGACCAGCGGGUUGACUUUUCCGAAAACCUUGAUCAGUUCCGUUUUCGACCGUUCGAAAGGCGUUCUGACUCAGAAUUUCGAUCUGAUUUCAGAUAUGGAGUCUAUUUGAGCAGCUGGAGUUCAUAGAUAACACUUUUCUAUUGCUAAGGUGAGACAAACAAGUAUGUGAUAUUUGGACGGACUUGGUGCUAUUGGACUUUUCUUUCGGAUUUUAUUUGGGCAUGGGUGAGAGUUGUCGGGUUUAUGGGCUUUUAUAUUACGGGAUAUUGUUGGUGGCCCGUCGUCCUUAGUGUCAGGGAGACGGGUGUCACAUUGUUGUAUGAUGACGCGUCGGGGGUGACACGCUGUCCUCCAUAUAGGAGGUGACGGGUGUCACAAUUUGGUAUCAGAGCGGGUUCCAUCCCGGUUCCGUCCGGGAUGGCGGUCAGGGGAUUCGGUUUUCAUCGGUUUUCAACUUAAAAAAAAAAAAUAUAUAUAUAUUUAUUUAUACAUUUCAAAAUUCUUUUAGCACCAUUCUGUCCAGUAAUUACUAACUCAAAUGUCUCUUUCUAUGACGAUGAGUAAAAUCAUCGUCAUUCGUCCUUCGACUAUCAAGGUUCUCGACAGAUGUUCAGCAGUGGCGUGAAGUCCAAGUUCGCCAGUUUUCUCGGGAGUUAUCAGUUUCUUCGGUCAUGAUUUCGAGGAUAUCCAGGAGUGGAUAUGUGACGUUUCUGCCACCAGCCCACUUCAAGCAAUCGUUCCACGAGUUUUGUUACUGGAGAUUAUGUGGUGUGUGGUAUGAGCCAUUGGUUGGCAUGUGUUGUUGUGUGUACGAGUAUAUUGACUAUUUUGGAGAUAUAUUUGUUUUGUGAACUCGUGGAGAUCGCUUUUGAAUUGGGGUGCAGCAGCUUGCGUUGUGUGGGUGUUGGAGUUACACUUUGGUAUGUUUGCCAGUUUUUGGCAUUGUUGAUCGUUUCAGAGAUGUGUCAGUUCGGACAGCUGACAUAGGAUGUUGAGAGCUAUUUAUAUUCAAUGCAGUGUACCAGUUAUGCUUGGAGGGCCGAUUUGUUCGGAUAGUCAUCAGAGAUGGAGCUAUGUUUUACGAUGUUAUCCUUGGGAUGGAUUGGCUGUCGCGGCAUCGAGUAGUGUUGUAUUUUUUUGAGGGCAAGAGUUCCUAUUGCUGGAGCAAAUGGAUGUUUUUAUUGCAUGAAUUCUACAUGCUGAGGAGUUAUGGGAUAUAAGAACAAAGAGAUUUUUGGCUACCAUUUCAAUGGUUAAAGAUGAUGGACAACAUGUGCUGCAGGAUCUUCCGGUUAUUGCAGAGUAUGAGGAUAUAUUUGUGACAUUUGGAAAGGCCACUACAAGACACAUGAGAUACUCUUGCGAAUUGUUUGGAGCAAACAACACUGGUUUCACGAGUUUCUUAUCGUCAAUCACGAGCAGGGAUGACUGAGUUGAGAAAGCAAUUGGAGAAACUCUUUGAUAAGGGAUUUAUCAGAUCGAGUACUUCACCAUGGGGAGCAUCAUUGUUGUUGUAAAAAAAAAAAAAUGUGGGAGUUUCAGAUUUUGUAUCGACUACAUAGACUUGAACAUGGUAACCAUCGUAUCGACGAGUUGUUAGAAGAGCUUAAUGGAGGUUCAUCGUUCUCGAAGUUUGUCUUGGCAUCAAGAUACCAUCAGAUUGCUAUAGCUGAGGAGUAUGUACGGAAUGCAGAUUUCCGUCAUGAAUAUUACGAGUUCGUAGUGAUACCAUUUGGGUCGACAAAGGCACUGUUGCAUUCAUGAAGCUAUGAAUGACGUUUUCGUGAACAUUUGGAUAGGUGUGCGAUUGUAUUCAUCGAUGACAUCCUGAUUUAUUUUGGAGUAGAAAGGAGAUUUGUGAGCAUUUCGCGGGUUGCGUUGGAUAAGCCUGGAGAGCAUCAGUUGUUCGCUAAGUUGAGGAAGUGUAGCUUCUGGCAGAGGAAUGUUGUAUUUUUGGGUAACAUGGUUUUGGCAGCAGAAUUUUGAUGGAUUCAAAGAAGAUUAAUACCGUUUCGGGAAGGUCGAAACCUAAGAGCGCUACAAAGAUCUGCCGUUCUUUUUGGGUUAAUAGUGUACUACUGGAAGUUCAUCAAGGGUUUCACCGGUAUAGUAAUGUUAAAGACGCGGUCUACAUGUAAAGACGUUAAGUGUGGUUGGAUAGAUUUUUGUUCGAGGAGUUUCACUGAAUUGAAGCACAACUAAUGAAGACACCAGUUUUGGGUUCUACAGAGGCAGAGGCUUACUGUGAUGUGUCAGAUACUGGAUUGGAUUUAAAUUAAGGUAUGAGGAUUAAGUCGUUCAUAUGCAUCACGCCAUAGAGGCUGUAAUGGUAUUUGCGUUAUAGUUUUGGAAAUCAUAAUUGUACGGGAAGGAAGUUCAGAUUCUCUGGGAUUAUUAUAAUGUGAAAUUUAUCUUCAUUUAUUAAAAACUUGUACUUGGACAUUGCAGUUGGAUUGAGUUUGUAGCAAGCUAUAGUUUUGAUAUCACAUACUAUCUGGUAAGGACAACCAGGUGAUAAAUGCCUUGGGUAGGCGUAUGUGCUGUAUCUCAGGAACCAAAAAGGUUCAUGAGUUUACUGGGAGAUUUGCUAGUCUCAGGUUGAGUGCCAUUACUAUCAAUGGAGAGACAGAUGUCCUUGAGGAUUGGAGCAUGCAGUUUUGCUAUGGAGGAUACGCAAGCACAAGUUAGCAUUGGAUUUGGUUGAACAGAUCGAGAUUGAGAGUAUUGGAUAUCAUACAACUUUGAGCAGGAUAUACUUGUACCGAAACCGAGUUUGUGUAUUGGACGAUAAGUUGUUAAGAAAAGGAAUCUUACAACAAACAUAUCACUCGUGUUUCUCUACCCAUCGGGAACACCAAAGGGUACAAAGAUAUGAAGAGUUAACUAUAAUUGGUGUAGUAUGAAGAUGUUUGUAACUACAUUACGUCGCGGUGCCAGACAUGUUAUAGGGCAAUGACAGAGGAUCAGUUAUCUAUUAUGUUAUUUUUGAGCUUGCUUUUGCCGGAGUGGAAAUGAGGCAUGGUGAUUAUGGACAUUGUUAUUGGAUUUUAAAUCACCAUAUAUGGAAAGGAGCCACAAGGGUAGUCAUGGAUAGACUUACCAAGUCAGCCCAUUUCCUACGUAAUUAAGAAGAUAAUCAGGGCUAAUCAAUUGGAGCAGACCUACAUUAUUGAGUUUGGGAAGUUUCAUGGAUGUCAACAUUGUAUCGGAUUGGGAAUCGAAGUUCACAUCUACAUUUCAGAGAGCCUUUCGGAAGGCACUUGGGACAAAGAUCAUAUGGGUACAUCUUAUCACCCGUUGACAUAUUGUCAGUCAGAGAGGACUACUCAGAACUUAAAGGAUAUGUUCAGAGAUUGUGUGGGAUGGAAUUUUGGAAAGCAUCUACCCAUACCAGAGUUUGCCUACAUCGACAGCUAUCUUUUGAGUAUUAAAAAAAAUUAUUAUAUGAGGGUUAUUUAUGGUAGACCUUAUAGUAUACCACUUUGUUGGACCAAAGUGGGGGAGCAAUAUGAGUUAGAACUAUUAAUAGUUCAAGAGACAGUAGAGCAAAGGACAUGCUCAAGGAUUGGCUUUCGGAAGCCCAUGACGUCAAAAGAUUUAUGCAGCUAAGCGCCGUAAGGAUUUGGAGCUACAUAUGGGCACCUAAUAUACCUGAAACUAAGGACAUUUUAGGAGGGCCCUAAGACUCCGAAGAUAAAGGAGCUUAGACCAAGACACAUGGAAUUGUAUCCUGCACUGGAGUGGAUUGGAUUAGUUGCUUGCAGUUACUUUAUCAGCAGUAUAUCAGCCUUCUAAGACUUGGUUCAUAUGACAGCAUUGCAAAAGUUGAGAAGGCGCUAUAAUUAUUUUGCAGUAGACGUCAAGUGAGUUCAUAAAGAUUUUAUGGACCUUAUCAUCUAUUGAAGAUUUUGGAUCAUCAAGAGAAAACAGUUCCAGGAAUGUCGACCGUGUUUGUUAGAGUUCGUUGAGAGGGAGAUAAGACUCAGGAGGAGACCUGAAAGGCCGAGCGAUGAUUAGUAUUCGAGGUUUUGUUAUGCUGACAUUGUGUAUGUCAGCUUAUGACUUGAAUUCGGGGACGAAUUCCUUGUAAGUGGGGGAGAAUUGUAAUGACCCCAACCCCAAGGUAUCUCCAAAGGCCAACUUGUUUUUUUUAAAAGGAAGAAAGAAAGAGAGAGAGAGAGAGAAAGAGAGAGAAGAGGAAGGGAGAAAGCUUACCUGAGUUGCCACCGGAGCCACCGCACCUCGAGACCACGUUGAGCUCGUCACCACCGUUCGCUGCAGCUUAGAAUCGCCGGAAACCGCCAUGCAGUUAAGCUUAGUUUCGUCCGUUAAUUAAUUCGCCGAUAACUCUCUAACCGUUGCGAAUCUCGUGCAUUCAAGACCACCAUCGUGUUCCUCUCGUCGAGACGAAGCCGUAGACACCAACCACGCCUCAAUCGGAGCCCGGACGAAGCCUCACGCGCCUCCGGAAGUUUCGCCUCUGCGCGUGGUGAAGUACACGCGCCGCCGCCGGAAAACGUCGCCACCGCCGGACCACCGUCCCUGCCGCCGGAAUACCGCCGUCGCCGCCAACAACCGCCGCCGGAAUACCGCCGUCGCCGCCGGUGACCGACACCGGUGACUCGUCGGCGACUCGGUCAACUCGGUCGAGUCAACUCAGUGAGUCAACUCGGUUGACUCGGUUAACCGAUCGAUAUGGAGUCUAUUUGAGCAGCUGGAGUUCAUAGAAAACACUUUUCUAUUGCUAAGGUGAGACAAACAAGUAUGUGAUAUUUGGACGGACUUGGUGCUAUUGGACUUUUCUUUCGGAUUUUAUUUGGGCAUGGGUGAGAGUUGUCGGGUUUAUGGGCUUUUAUAUUACGAGAUAUUGUUGGUGGCCCGUCGUCCUUAGUGUCAGGGAGACGGGUGUCACAUUGUUGUAUGAUGACGCGUCGGGGGUGACACGCUGUCCUCCAUAUAGGAGGUGACGGGUGUCACAGAAAGUCUCUCCCUUUACCAAACAACAAUGAUGUUGGAUACAUAAAGUUUAGAUUUUUCUUUUUUAGUUCAAAAGAAAAUGUUUAGAUUUUUCUUUUUUAGUUCAAGAAGGUGAAUCUCUCAUGGAGAAGCUGAAUGGAUUGGGGUUUCUCGUCACUCCUCACCCAUUCAACGAGAUGAUGAAGCUUUACGAAGCCCACUCGCCAGUACGAGAAAGUAGUUUUAGUGAUUUCUUUGAUGAAAGGGAACAAGAUACCGAGAAAUGUUCUUUCUUACAAUCUCUGGAUGAACGCGUGCUGUGAGGUAAACGGUGUUGCAGGUGUGGAGUCUGUUUACAUGGAGAUGGUUGAUGACACGAGCGUUGAAGUUGGGUGGAGCUCCUUGUGUACUCUAGCGAAUGUUUAUAUUAAAGGUGGUUUUGUUGAGAAGGCGAGUUUGGUGCUUGAGAGUGCGGAGAAGAAGUUGAAUAGAAGCAAUAGGCUUGGGUACUUCUUCCUCAUCAAACUCUAUGCAUCUUUAGGAAACAAGGAAGGAGUUGUGAAGCUUUGGGAAGCUUCCAAGUCUGUUUCCGGCAGGGCUACUUGUGCAAACUACAUAUGCGUGUUGACAUCCUUGGUGAAACUUGGUGAUAUUGCAGAGGCUGAAAGGGUGUUUAGUGAAUGGGAGGAGACAUGUUUUAACUAUGAUGUUAGAGUCUCCAAUGUUCUUUUGGGUGCUUACAUGCGUGGUGGAGAUAUCCGCAGAGCCGAGGCGUUGCACCACCGUGUGUUGGAGAGAGGAGGUACUCCAAACUAUAAGACUUGGGAGAUUUUGAUGGAGGGGUUUGUGAAGUGCCAGAGUAUGGAGAAAGCCAUUGAUGCUAUGCACCGAGCAUUCGAAGUUAUGAAGCACUGUCAUUGGAGACCGUCACAAAAGAUUGUCAUGGCCAUUGCUGAGUACUUUGAGAAGGAGGCGAAGAUGGAUGAAGCAAACGGAUAUGUUAGAGAUUUACAUCGUUUAGGUCUUGCAAGCUUGCCGUUAUACAGAUUAUUACUUAGAAUGCCUGAACAUGUCCAGAGGCCAGCUUCUGACAUCUAUGAAAUGAUGAAGUUGGACAAAAUUAUAAUGGAUAGAGAAAGUUAAGGGAACACACAUUAAAGAAUGUUACCUUAGUAGAAACCUUUACGUGUACAGCAAGUCAACUUUUACAUGUACAACAAGUCAUCUUCUUACUUGAUGAACAAGUUAGGACGUUGAAGUUUUUUUUAUGAAACAAAUGUCAUUUUAAAUGUUUAAAAAAAUAGCAAAAAAAUUUGAGGGUUUAAAAUGUCGGUAGAUAAAACAUUCAGAGUUUUAUGUGAUUUCCCCGUAAAAGAAGGAAGGUUCACAUCCCUUGCAUAGAUAAUUAUCUUCAGGGCUGGGAUUUUGAACUUGUCGAACCUAACUGGAAUUUUUGGUUAGUUCGGUAAGGAGUUGGGUUUGAUUCAAUAGGUUUUUAAAAAUAGUUCGUUUUUCGGUUUGGUUCAACAUUCAGUUACUUCGGUUUUUUUAAUUAAAAAAAAAAACUAAAAGAAAUUAUAACCAAACUAUAUCAAACCGAACUAACCAAAUUUCAAACCAAAAUAACUAAACUAAC